CGAGCCUCUCUGUCCACAUUAGCGUUUAGCAACAUUAGUCAUACCUGCAGCUGCAAACAAAAGCAGGACAGAAUUCAGCUUCAGCAGCUCAGUAAAUGUCGAUGAACGGAAGCUAACAGAGGAUGAGACAGCAGGACAAAGAGCACCCGGAUGCAGAAGAAGAAGAAGAAAUGUUGGGAAUUUUUAAAAAAAGAGAUGCAGCUCUCGAAGAAAAUGAACAAGAAAACAUUACAGAUGAUGUUUUCAACCCCAACGACCACUUGAAGAUAAUAGUGGUUCCUGCAGAUGUUCAGAUGGUGAAGAUUAAAGAAGAAGCUUUUGAGGAAGAGUGGCCUGACGAGGACCUGCAGGACCCAGAGCCCUUCCGCAUCAAGGAGGAGGAGGAAAUUUGGACCAGUGUGGAGGAAGAGCAGCUUGGUGUGAGGGAGGAGACUGACGCCACCAACUUUUCAUCUACUUCAGUUCUCUUGAAGAGUGAGGACGAUCAAGAUGAACCUCUGUUCUCACAGCGUCAUCAACAUCAAGUCAGAGAUCUUCCAGCCAGCAGCUCAGCAACUGGUGGGGAGUUCAGUGACGGAGCCCCGUAUCUGAAUUAUGAUGAAAACUAUUCUGACUCUUCAGAAACUGAAUUCGGUGAAGAUGAUGUGAACAAUCCUGACUCUCAGCGACAACACUUAUCAGACUCUGGGUCAAAACCUGAAGACUGGGAGGAGAGCAGGAUGCCCGAGUCGGGCGUAAACGCUGUCAACGACAAAAACGGACAGAAGCUAUUUUGUUGUGAUCUUUGUGGGCGAGGGUACACCCAGAAAGGAAAUUUAAACAGACACAUGAAAGUCCACACAGGACAAAAGCCGUUCUGUUGUGGAAUUUGUGACCAAAGAUUUAGGGAGAAGAGUUGCUUAAACACACACAUGAGAAUCCACACAGGACAAAAACCAUUUAGUUGUGCUCUGUGCGAACGAAGGUUUCACCAUAAGGACAAUUUAAACACACACAUGAGGAUCCACACGGGACAGAAGCCGUUUGCUUGUGAUCUGUGUGAACGGAGGUUUAGCCAAAAGGGCAGUUUAAACAAACAUCUGAAAAUCCACACCGGAGAGAAGCCGUUUUCUUGUGAUCUGUGUGACCGAAAGUUUACACUUAAAGACACUUUAAACAAACACAUGAGGAUCCACACAGGAGAUAAACCGUUUUCUUGUGAUCUGUGUGAUCAGAGGUUUACCUUAAAGGGCAGUUUAAKCAUACACARGAGAAUCCACURYGGACAAAAGCCAUUUUGUUGUGACAUUUGUGGACGGAGGUUUAGCCGAAAGG